CACUUCCCCCUUAGGAGAAAUGGCACCAGCCAGACCAGGAUUCUACCCACUGAUGCUGCUCCUGGUGCUAGGACUGUGGGUGCUUGAGACCCCAGUCAGUGCCAAGCCCAAGAACAUGACCUCAUCUCAGUGGUUUGAAAUUCAGCACGUGCAGCCCAAGCCGCAAGCAUGUAACUCAGCCAUGGGUCACGUCAACAAGUUCACAGAACACUGCAAGAACCUCAACACCUUCCUGCAUGAGUCCUUCUCCAAUGUGGCCACCACCUGCCAGACCCCCAAAAUAACCUGCAAGAACAACCAUAAAAACUGCCACCAGAGCUCAGGACCUGUGUCCCUCACCAUGUGUACACUCACCUCAGGGAAGUAUCCGAACUGUAGGUACAAAGAGAAGCAUCUGAAUGCACCUUACAUAGUAGCCUGUAACCCUCCCCAGAAAGGGGAUUCUGAGAAAUUUCAGUUGGUUCCUGUGCACUUGGAUAAAAUUGUCUAAGGUCUGGGAUCCUCUUUCCAAGCUCUGCAAACACUUUUCAUUGCUAAGGUUUUCCUCCCUUGAGUUCUUUACUAAUCCUUACUGUCUUUGCAAAUAUCACUUCCCUCCUA